GCAUCGACCAUCUCCAAGCAGCACAACACGUGCGCCGGCGGUGGUAAACGAAUAUUUCUUGAAUUCGGCACUUUUAUAGGAUGCAAAACGGCCAAGUUCAGGACAAAUACCAUUUCUACUGCGGGGGCCCACAGAACCAAGAGAUGCGCAGCCGUGGUGGCCGUGGCCGUGGCGGUGCCAAUAAUCCAAAUUUCAACAGGCAGAUCGGCAGCCCCUCUGAUGGACAAUCAAACGGACACCACAACAAUGUGAAUCAAGAACGUAGACGGGUUGGUGGCGGUGGUGGUGGUGGCGGUGGCCGUGGCAGUGGCGGUGGCGGUGGCAACCAGUCGGAGUCGUUUUCCAAAUUCCGAGAUCCUCAUCAUCACCAAGGCCAAGACAAUGGAUUACGUAGAGGCGGCGGCGGUGGAGGUGGCGACGGCUGGCGUGGUAGUCGUAGAUCUCGCAGGUCUCGUGGACCAAGAGAUGACAAUCGCAGAGAUCCGCAACAAAGAGGUGGUCGUAACGAUAAUUGGGGUGCACCAAUGGAGCCCACUCCCAACAUUGUGUUUAACUACGAGCCUAUGGGACUAGCACAACAACCCGAAGCACAACCACCAGUGUUAGGCGGCUUAGAAGUACCACAGCUACCUGACGCUACCAUGAAUUAUAUUCCGUUAGUUUUAGAAGCACCUGUAGAGCAGAAGCAGCCUGCCAUUGAAGUAAAACCCACGGAGCCACCUGUCAACUUCAAAAUCAAAAAGGAAAAGAAAGACACGCACUCGCCAGUUGUAAAACCCGCACCGCAGCCGCAGCCUGCCAAAACGCCAGAGGAGAGUAGCGACGAGAGCUCUUCGAGCAGUUCUGAUGAAAGCGUUGAGGCUGGUGAAGUGGUCAAAGCUCCAGCUGAGAAAACGAAGACGGAGGUCACAGCUGCUAAGGCCCCAGUGUCCUCUUCGUCUUCCUCAUCUUCCGAGGAUUCUGACUCUGACAGUGAGGAUAGUCCGCCGGCAGCUAAAAGCAAAACUGCAGCUAAAGGGAAGGAAUCGAGUGGCAAGACGUCCAAGAAACUGAAGAAAACUCUAUCCGAAGAGGAUGUCAUCUGCCUGGGCUCUCAGAAGCGACACUACACCAUACCCGAUGAGGAUGAGGAGAGCAGCGAGGUGGACGAAGAAAAGAACGAGGUUGAGCAACCCAAGGCCAACAAAAGUAAAAGCAAGCAAAAAGCCGACAAUGGCUGUGCAAUUUGCGACAAGAAGGGCCACACCUCCUUCGAGUGCCAGAUGAUCUGCCGUAAUUGUUCGGCUCAGUAUCAUAGCCUCAAGAACUGUCCAAAGCCACCGAAUCUGAACAUUGCUCUGCAGGCAUAUUUGGAGUACACCAUGCAGCAGGUGGCCGUAUUUAAUGUGGAGCAACGUUUUGCCUUUCCCGCUGGUGCGGUGCCAGCAAUGUCAUCCGCGCCGGCUUCCUCUACGCCUGCCAAGUCGAAGAAGGAGAAAAAGGCUCCCAAGAAGCCCAAGAAAACGCCACAAAAGAGAAUGAAACUGGAGACUGCCGCCGACGACGACGAUGAUGAUGAUGAUGACGAAGGCGACGACGAAGAUGAGGAGGAGGCAAGCAGCGAUAGCGAAGAUUCCGAACCAUCUAGCGAUGAGCCAGCACCCGUGGCUAAGCAAAAACGAAAGCGGAAUGCAAAGCAGACAAAUCCUGCCGCAAAUCUACCACCGCAAGCGUUUCCAUUUCCCCUGUUGGCUGCCGGCUCACCUUACAACUCCAUGAUGUAUCCAUAUGCGGCGCCCUUUAGCUUUCCUAAACAACAAUAAGAGUUACAAUAGUACAGAACACAUGUUGGAAGUAGUUUUUAAAAUAUGUUGUAUAAAUGAAUUUGGGGGAAUUACCACCGUGCUUUAAACAUGUAAAAAAAACAAGCAUUGAUGCAUUUAUAUAUAAAAAAA